UUUCUUAAUGAAAAAUCAUAUUUUUUAGCUAAAGACUAUGUUUUUCUCAUGAUGUGUGUGUCUAGUAUGUCAAUCAGAAUGGCUCUGCCCCUUCCUCUGGUGUUUCUGCUCAUGAUUCAUGGGGUUUCUAGUGCUGGUUGGGGUGUGAGUUACAGUCCUUCACACAUCUGUGCACUAAAGAACUCAUCAGUGAUAAUGAGCUGCACUUAUACAUACCCUACUGGAUAUCAGAUCAAGAACGUGUUUUGGACAAAAGCCUUUAUUAGGGGUGAAAAGCCUCCAGAUCUGUCUGAGGACCCUGAAUACAGUCAGAGGCUUCAGUAUCUGGGAGAUAAACAGCAGAACUGCACCAUCAGACUGAGUCAUGUGACACUGAAGGAUUCACGCAUGUACUAUUUCAGAUUCAUCACUGAUAAACCUGAUGGUAAAUGGAUUGGUGAUCCAGGAGUGACUCUUGCUGUCACAGAUCUUCAGGUGGAGUCUCCUGAGAGAGUGACAGAGGGAGAUUCAGUCCGUCUGACAUGUAACAGCAGCUGCACUCUGACUGACAGAGCAACAUUCAUCUGGUACAGAAACUCACAGCCAUUAACUGAGAGAAGAGACAGAAACAAUGAACUCCUGCUGCAGUCAGUCAGAAGAGAGGAUGCAGGCAGAUAUAGCUGUGCUGUACACGGACACAAUCACAUCUCUCCUGCUGUUGAGCUCAAUGUCACGUAUCCUCCAAAGAGCGUCUCAGUGUCCAUCAGUCCAUCUGGUGAAAUAGUGUCAGGAGAUUCAGUGACUCUGAUCUGCAGCAGUGAUUCAAACCCUCCUGCAGAAAUCAGCUGGUUUAAAGGAAGAACGUUUGUAGGAUCUGGAAGAAUCUACAGCAUCUCAAAGAUCAGCUCUGAUGACAGUGGAGAAUACAAGUGCAGAUCCAGAAAUCAACAUGGAGAGAAAUACUCUGAUGCUGUGACUUUAAACGUCAUGUGGGUUUCUAGUGCUGAUUGGGGUGUGAGUUACAGUCCUUCACACAUCUGUGCACUAAAUGACUCAUCAGUGAUAAUGAGCUGCACUUAUACAUACCCUACUGGAUAUCAGAUCAAGAACGUGUUCUGGACAAAAGCCUUUAUUAGGGGUGAAAAGCCUCCAGAUCUGUCUGAGGACCCUGAAUACAGUCAGAGGCUUCAGUAUCUGGGAGAUAAACAGCAGAACUGCACCAUCAGACUGAGUCAUGUGACACUGAAGGAUUCACGCAUGUACUAUUUCAGAUUCAUCACUGAUAAACCUGAUGGUAGAUGGAUUGGUGAUCCAGGAGUGACUCUUACUGUCACAGAUCUUCAGGUGGAGUCUCCUGAGAGAGUGACAGAGGGAGAUUCAGUCCGUCUGACAUGUAAAAGCAGCUGCACUCUGACUGACAGAGCAACAUUCAUCUGGUACAGAAACUCACAGCCAUUAACUGAGAGAAGAGACAGAAACAAUGAACUCCUGCUGCAGUCAGUCAGAAGAGAGGAUGCAGGCAGAUAUAGCUGUGCUGUACACGGACACAAUCACAUCUCUCCUGCUGUUGAGCUCAAUGUCACGUAUCCUCCAAAGAGCAUCUCAGUGUCCAUCAGUCCAUCUGGUGAAAUAGUGUCAGGAGAUUCAGUGACUCUGAUCUGCAGCAGUGAUUCAAACCCUCCUGCUCUGAACUUCAGCUGGUUUAAGGAGAAUGAAAGCUCAGCUGUUGGAUCUGGACAGAGUUUCAGUGCACUACAGAGUGGACGCUUCUACUGUCAGGCUCACAAUCAACAUGGAUCUCAGAGAUCAGACGCUGUAACUGUCACAGUUCAUCAUGGUGCUGGUAGGAAUGUGAUUGUGAUCGCAGCGGCAUCUGGAGGAUUAUUCAUCAUCAUUAUCAUCAUCAUCAUCAUCAUCAUCAUAUUUACAAUUAAGAAGAAAAAAAUAAACAGAAGAUCUGCGAUACAUGAGUGUGAGAACAAUGAUCCCAGUACAGGCACAUAUGCAGCUCUUGACCUCAAGUCCAGAUCUUCUGACCUCUACGACACACUCGCUACUGUCCAUCCCAGACCUGCCGUUCACCAGUCGAGCUCUUCAGAUUAUGAGAAUCUGUCACCACACAGCAAGACACCACGAUAAGAUGAAGCACAAGUUAAACUUUACUCAACUUUUGGGUUUUCGUUGGACACGCCCACAUCACAGCUACCAAUGAAAAUGAAGGACUUUCUGUGUGAACGCCACUGUAGAGUUUCCAUUCUGCAGUGAAGUGAUGUUUCUCAUCACGUCAAGUUCAAUUGGGAGAAUGGGAGAAUGAAAUUAUGUGUCUCUUACAGGUCCUGGCAAUAAUUCAACAUAAAACAGUAACAACAAGACACAAAUGUAUAAACAGGUCAAUUUUUGCAUAUUAUAUAAAGUGUUAAAUUAAUGUAAAUCCGACGGAUUAGACAAAAAGACAAUAUACACAGUAUACAAGACAUAUUGUGAGGUUCAUUAGAAAUGUAUAUGUUUGAAAGCAUUUAAAAUGGCACAGAUACAAUAGCAAUCUAAUACCUGAAUGGUUUAAACAGUCUUACCCACCUUUUUCCUAAUGAGCCUGAUGUGUUUAGAUUCUGCUCCAUCUUUAGUUCUGACGGAUGACACUGUGCGCAGUGACAGAUGUGUGAUGUUCCCUUUCCAUUUCCUGUGAAGUGUAUCGAUGUUCCCUUAUUCCCUAUGCUGGUCGCAGUGCCUUUCAAACUGAACAUGUUCCCUCCCUUUAAAUUGUAAUCUCACUUAAGAGAGCAGAAUACCCUGAAGUUCACUUCACAGUCCACUUACAGUCGAUUGGAACACAACUGAAGUGCUAUCUGAAAGAGUUUUCCACUGAGUUUGUGCAAGAAUAUUUUUAUACAUUUUAUGUUUAUCAAAGGGUCGAUGAGGCUGAUUCAUUUUAAAUAGAACAUAAAUAGAACAUUAAAAAUUACCAAGAUCAUUUUCAA